AUGGCUCGCGAUAUAGAUCUUCGAGACAAAAUAUCUUGCAUAGAGGAGAGCUUGAGUUUUGUACCCCACGACAUGCUCAAGAGCCUUAUAACACAAGAAAACGUGGAGGAAGUACUCAAGAAUACAAAUCCUAAGGCACAUGAAUUGGACACUUGGUCAGCUGCAUAUAGGGGCAAAUUAGCUUCAUUUGUCAUCAAAGAUGCGAACGCAAUCUUUGCGAUCCUUCUUAUGAUGAAAAGGCCGCGUCGUAUUGAGGAAUUCUUUGAGAAUAGAUUAAAGAAUGAGAUCCUCCCAAUUUCAGUCAUUGGAAAGGAACGGCCCCCGAAAGUACAGUCGAGAAACAUGCAUAUGACCAUGGCCGAGGACAGGCUCAGAAACACGUUUUUAUCCAGUGUCUGGGAGCCGAGUGACAUCCGCGAGUUCAUCAUCAAGCAGUGGAUUUUCCUGUCCCCAGUUCUCAAACAGAGCGAGUUUGAGUUUGAGUUUAAGUUUGAUUUCGAGAUGACCUUACCAUGGACUCCUUGCUAUAGUCCAGUUGAGCCCAUCCGAGGAGUGUACGCACAGGUUGAGAAAAGAGCCGUCCCGAUUUCCCAUUUCAAUCUCACAUGGGGUCAGCAUCUCAUCGCGGUGAAGAAACUGACUGGUGGCCGCCAAGAAAAAAAUGCCAAAAAGGAGGCCGACGCACUCAAAUUACUGCGUACUAUUCAGAGCGAGCACGUCAUCAAAGGAAUUAUCUAUUUCAAAAAACAGACAAUGAAAGAUAGCUCCCAGACUUUUUGGCACUUAGAGUUCAAGGGGGAAAAGCCUGAAUUGGGCAAGGACUUUCUCGUUUGGGCUGUUGGCCAGCUGUUCGGGCUGAUGGAUGCCAUUCGAAUGAUGCAUGAUCUGGGACUUCGCCACGGGGACUUGAAGCCUGAGAAUAUCCUUUGCUUCCCAGACAGCUCCCAGCCUGGAGCAAUUCCGGUUCGGUUGGUCAUCACCGAUGUCGGACUGUCCAAGGCACAUGAAAAAUCGACCUCUGAGCGGAAAGAGCAGCUCCGAGAAGCCACAACAACAACGGUUUCCACUACCCGAUACCAACCUCCUGAAUUAAAGAUGCAGCGCACCGAGGAUCACGUCUUGCCGCGAUGCUUUGAUGUAUGGUCCGCUGGAUGCAUUUUCAUGGAGUUUCUUGUUUGGAUGUUGUACGGGAAAAAGGAACUCCUAACCUUCACUAGAAAGACAGAGUCAGUAGAGUACUGGGAGAAAGAUGACAAAUGCUUCAAGGUACGAAAGGUGGUAUGCGAACAGCUCCAUGCCAUGACCCAAGACGAAAACUGCACCAAUGAUCCUGCCCUUGUAGGGCUCGCUGAUCUUAUUAAGAACAACUUUCUCAUCAUCGAUGUCUGGAGCCUAGUACACGGAAGAGAUAAGAACAUAGUUUCACGAGUCAGUUUGACUAGAAAUAAGUCAUCCGCGUCGACGAAGCUAAUGAAGACAUCAAAAAAGUUGACGAAGAGGAUAGCUAGGGUGUUGACGAAUAAGCAGCGCAACUGCAGCGAUACUCUCCAAGAAAGAUACAGAGACACUUCAGAGCAAGCAACAGAGAAUAUUAGGAAAAUCAAGACUGAGAUCCUAAGCAGAACCAACGGAGUAGAUUAG